CCCUUUGAACCCGCCCCAGAGUCGGAAGCGUCCCGCGGCCAUGUGGCACGUCGCCGCCCGCUCCCUGUCCCGGGCCAGCUCCCGCGCCUGGCAGAAGCAGCUGCCCCGGCCCAGCCCCGCGCCCGCAGCCCCGCAGCGCCGCGGCCCUGCAUGGACGCCCGGGAUGGCCUCCGCCCGCAGCCUCUCCGCCAUGGCCCCCGCCAUCCGCCUCUCGCCCACCGCCCGCAGCCUCUUCGACGAGCCGCUGGCCAUCGCCGUGCAGGGCCUGGGCCCGCGGCAGCAGGUCACGCUGCGGGCGUCCUUGCGGGACGAGGCGGGUGAGCUCUUCCAGGCCCGCGCCCGCUACCAGGCGGGGGACGACGGGGAGCUGGACCUGGCCCGCUGCCCCGCGCUGCCGGGCGGCAGCUUCUCCGGCCUGGAGCCCAUGGGGCUGCUCUGGGCUUUGCAGCCCCAGAAGCCCUUCAGGCGCCUGAUGAAGAAGGAUGUGCAGAGCCCCUUCGUCGUGCAGCUGGAGGUGUUCGAGGGCCACGGGGAGCCCCCCGGGCAGCUCCUGGCGCAGGCACAGCAUGAGCGGGCGUUCCUGCGGGAUGGCGUGCGGAGAGUCCCGGUGCGAGAGGGGAGGGUCCGGGCGACGCUUUUCGUGCCCCCCGGAAAUGGUCCCUUUCCGGGAAUUAUUGACUUGUAUGGAAUUGGAGGAGGACUCCUUGAAUACAGGGCAUGCCUGCUGGCCAACUAUGGCUUUUCUGUGCUGGCUCUGGCUUUCUACGACUAUGAAGAUCUCCCUAAAGAGGCGAAGGAAUUCCACCUAGAAUAUUUUGAAGAAGCCAUAAACUAUAUGUUACAACACAGCCAGGUUAAAGGUCCAGGGAUUGGGUUGCUUGGAUUCUCAAAGGGGGGUGAUCUGUGCGUCUCCAUGGCCUCCUUCCUAAAGGGCAUCACAGCCACCGCCCUGAUCAAUGGCUCGGUGGCAAAUGUGGGCACAGUGCUCCGCUACAAGGACAUCACCAUUCCACCCCUUGGUGUCAAUGCAAAACGCAUCAAGGUCAACGAGUCUGGGAUUGCUGAUAUUAUUGAUGUACUGAACAACCCACUAGAAGGGCCUGACUGCCAAAGCUUUAUCCCUCUGGAGAAGGCAGAGUGUCGCUUCUUGUUCAUUGUUGGCCAAGAUGAUCACAACUGGAAAAGCGAAUUCUUUGCAGUUGAGGGGAGCAAACGUUUGCAAGCUCACGGAAAGGAAAAGCCUGAGAUAGUCUGUUAUCCUGGAGCAGGGCACUACAUCGAACCCCCGUUUUUCCCGAUGUGUGCAGCCUCAAUGCACCUGCUAGUUGGCAGGCCUGUGCUGUGGGGAGGGGAGCCCAAGGCACACUGCGAUGCACAGAUAGAUGCUUGGCAGCAGAUCCAAGCUUUCUUCCGCAAACACCUCGCGGGCAAGCCAUCUGGAACAUCUAGUAAGCUGUGAUCUGAGUUAGGUUACUUUACAGAUGAAGAUGCUGGUGUUUCAGGUUUGUUUUGUUAAAUGGCUCUGUUGAGAGCAAAGAACGACAGCAAAUUAGCUGUUGGGUUUCUUGGAGAAUGACAGUGGGUGAGAGCAUGAGUGCUGCUUCCUUUAACACCCUCCUCUGACCUUGGUUAGAGGUCUUGGCCUCCUGUUGUCUGGUAGUGUGGGAUCACAAGCUGUGGAAAAAUGGUGGUGGUAAGGCUGGGUCUGCUUUGAAUGUGAAUUUAAGUAGAAGGUAACUCAUCCAAGCUGAGAACUGUGAUGAAAAUUUGCUUUGGCUUUCUCAGAGGAAACACGCUCUGUGCUGUUGCCCUUACCAGAGCUAGCUUCAUGUUCUAGUUUUUCUGGAAGCAGUUUGUUUUCUCUUCCUGCCUCCAGUGAUUUUUCUGUUGUGUGUGCUUCCCUCUCCUUUGUUGUGCCUUCCUCUUCUCCCUCGUCACUGAAAUGCAUCUGCCUUAACACUUCAUAUCUAAUAUUUCACUUACCAAAAGCAGCAACGCUGUGCCUGCAUCCUCAGAUCACACACACACACACACACACGCUCCCCCCCCAUUUACAGACAACGGCCCGUAGCCCGACGCGGCAUUCGGGGCACAUGCAAUAGAAAUGAGAGGUUUGUACCGUUUUGGGAAGCUGGUGAGCACGGAGACAGCGGCGCCGGAGCCCUCGGCAGCGUGCGGGGACUGCUCGCGGGCAUCCCCUCAGCGGGGCGGGCUGUCCCGGGGCGGGCCCGCAGCUCUGCCGCGGCCGCUCCUCCCGGCCUCCGCGCUCCCUUAACGCGCCCACCGCUGCCUGCGCCGAAGUGCUGCUGGGGACAGCGCGGCUGCGAAGGUGCCCAGGCGGGCGGCAGCGGCCGCGGGGCUCCCGCCUCCACCGGCUGGGCCCCCCGGGGGCGGGGGGCUGCGGGCCGGGCUCUGCCCCCCCGCCUGGGCAUUGUCGGUCAUGUUUGGCACCCGCCUACGAGCCUGAAAGAAAAAGCGCUGAAUAUUGCUCGUGGGGUGCUGGUGAGUUUGCACUAUUGUAUAAAAAAUAAGUUAUUAGCACGGCAGUGCCUGACGCAGCCGGGCCGGGCGGGUGUAGGCUGAGGCGCCGUUCGUGUUUGUUGUGAAUUCCGUGCGUUGGCGCGUUUUGCACUCGCUGUUAUUUUAUUAACGGAUUAAAAUGAAACGUUAACCGAG